CCGCCUCCUCCUUCUGUUCCUCCUCCUCCCGGUGCGGAGAAUGGAGACGCCGUCGCCGCGGGGUUUCUCCGAGGACCAGUUUCGGGCCGCCUGCAGAGAGCUCGGCCAGACGGCGCCGGGGCCGCCCUGGCAGCUCCUGGUGGAGAGCAUGGGCGUCAGCAUCUACCGGCUGUACGACGAGCAAUCAGGACUUUAUGAGUAUAAAAUCUUUGGAGGUCUAGCUGAUUGUCCCCCAAAACUCUGUGCAGAUGUCUAUAUGGAUUUAGAGUUCAGAAAACAGUGGGAUCAGUAUGUUAAAGAAUUGUAUGAGAAAACGUAUGAUGGUGAAAAGGUAAUCUACUGGGAAGUGAAGUACCCUUUUCCUCUCUCAAACAGAGAUUAUGUCUAUAUUCGUGAAUGUCAAGAGAUGGAUGUUGAUGGGCGGAAGAUCUGGGUUGUGUUAGCUCAAAGUGUGUCUGUUCCUCAGUGCCCUGAAAAGCCUGGGAUUAUCAGAGUUAAAAGUUAUAAACAAAGUCUAGCAAUUGAAAGUGAUGGCAGGACUGGAUCUAAAGUCUAUAUGUACUACUUUGAUAAUCCUGGUGGCAUGAUUCCAUCGUGGCUGGUCAACUGGGCUGCCAAGAGUGGUGUGCCUGCUUUCUUGAAGGAUAUGCAAAAAGCUUGUUGUAACUAUUCUAGAAGAGCAUAGGUCACAUUUGAUCUGAAUUAUUUAAUUCCCAAAGUUCUGCAUUACAGAAUGGCUAUUAUGUAACACACUGGAUAAAAUCUACCUCUAAUAUUGGAAAGAAUUUCUGUUGUUGCUUUAUGCCUUGAAUCUUAUUAGACCUUUGUUUCCUUCUCCAAGGGAAGUUCAUUGCCAACAUGUAAUACCACCAUCAGCUGCCUCCUUUUCAUAGCACGUACAUUCUGUCAUGUCACCCAUGCUUUGUUUGUGCUGGUUGUCAAAGGCCAGAUAGAGUUUACUGAUUAAAGCAUCACAUCUUUGGGCAAGAGAUAAUAGCUUUUACUAGGAAAAAUGUCUGAAUUUAUGCUGAAAUUUCUCUGCAUGUGUUACGUCUGGGUCUCUCUUUGUGGCCUUGCAGGGUGACUUACUGAAACUGAAUAACACAACUCGCAUUGCUUAGGAGGAAAUGCUUUUGCUACCUGAAUUUAUCAUACUUAAAAUGAUCCUCUCGACUGAAAAAUAAAGAUUAGCACAUAAAGGUAAAUUACCUGAAGCCUGCAGUAAGCUGUGAUGGCUUUAAGUUCAGAUAUAAAAGGAUGUGUAUGUAAAGCCUUGCAUUCACAUCUCGGGAUGCCUAUAUGGAAAGUAUAAAGCAUCAGCUGUGUCUAGCCAGCAAAAAAAGAAGUUUGCUUCCAUGGUUAAUUUAAUGGAAGCAGCUUGGACACCAGCUCUGAAUUGGAAAUAAUUCAAUUUUUACAAUUGGAUGCUUGUAACUGCUUUAGAGAUGCUUGUUUCCCUGCUUGUGAAUUAACUUGAUAUGAAAGUCUUGGUGGUUUUACAUUUUUAACACUGAUGUAAAGAAUGAAAAUGUUCAUUUUGGAUGGCAAUCCACGAGAAGCACAACCAAGCAGGAAGUUACUUUUGCAGCACUUUUGCAGGGGAAGGACAGAGUUCAGCAGAGUUGAGAGAUAGUCUCAGGGAUUGAAAAUAUUUUGCAUCUUUACUAAAUCUCAUCUUAUUGCUGAACAAAUCCUGUGAUGGAGUAAGCUUAUAUUGCUAAAGAAGAAAUGGUUGAAGUUCUUGCCUUUAUACUUGGUGUGUUUCCAAUAAAUCAUUACUGUAUCUGUA